GAGCUUCUAUCCCGCAACGGUGUGAAAUUCGGGGAAGCGGUAUGGUUCAAGGCUGGAUCUCAGAUCUUCAAUGAAGGUGGGCUCGACUACUUGGGCAACCCCAGCUUGAUCCACGCACAGAGCAUUUUAGCCAUUUGGGCUUCCCAAGUAGUUCUAAUGGGAGCCGUCGAGGGAUACCGUAUUGCCGGUGGUCCACUCGGCGAGGUGACCGACCCGAUCUACCCGGGUGGGAGCUUUGACCCGUUGGGACUUGCAGAUGACCCGGAAGCAUUUGCAGAGCUGAAGGUGAAGGAGCUUAAGAAUGGAAGGUUGGCGAUGUUCUCCAUGUUUGGUUUCUUCGUUCAGGCUAUUGUCACCGGAAAAGGUCCAUUGGAGAACCUUGCUGACCAUUUGGCUGACCCAGUCAACAACAAUGCUUGGGCUUAUGCCACCAACUUUGUUCCUGGAAAUCCGUUUGCGGGAUCUCAGAUCUUCAGUGAGGGCGGGCUCGACUACUUGGGAAACCCGAGCUUGAUCCACGCACAGAGCAUUCUAGCCAUUUGGGCGACACAGGUGGUUCUCAUGGGGGCUGUCGAGGGAUACCGUAUUGCCGGUGGCCCACUCGGCGAGGUUACUGACCCGAUUUACCCGGGUGGGAGCUUUGACCCAUUGGGGCUUGCAGAUGACCCGGAAGCUUUUGCAGAGCUAAAGGUGAAGGAGUUGAAGAAUGGGAGAUUGGCCAUGUUCUCCAUGUUUGGAUUCUUCGUUCAGGCCAUUGUCACUGGAAAGGGUCCGUUGGAGAAUCUUGCUGACCACCUUGCUGACCCAGUCAACAACAAUGCUUGGGCUUAUGCCACCAACUUUGUUCCUGGGAAAUGAAGCUACCAGAUGUUGUGAAAAUUAAACUUGUUCAUCUUUAGCUUUUGAGAAUGAAAGGAGUUGUGAUAUGUUAAGUUGAUCUUUUAGUGCAGUAAAGAAAUAUGUGCAUUACUUAUAGUUUUCUAGUCAAUCUGAUCGGGUGGAAGAAACCAAGCCAUAGCAUCGAAUCAGUAAUUCAACUUCUUAAAUCCUGUGGUGGCAAAAUGGCUACAUGUACCCUAAGUGAACAUGUCUUUUGAAAAAA